UCUCUCUCUCUCUCUCUCUCUCUCUCCAGAAUUCAUCUGAUUCUCUCUCUCUCUCUCUCUCUCUAUAUAUAUAUAUAGAUAUAUAUAUAGAUAUUCUCUAUCUCCUCGCUCUGCCGUUUCACUCUCUCCAGUUUCCGCCUUCGACUUUCAACACACCCUGCAUUAACUCAAAACUCCGAUUCAGUUCAAUCCAAUCCAAUCCAUUUCAUUCAUUCUCCAGUUCCAAUCGCGCGAAGACAGAAUCCAGUCACGCAAAUCGCCGUCGAUAAGUUUAAAUGGCGGCAAUCUUGUUGCCGAAGCAGCAGCAGUUUGGCCAUUACACUGAGAAAGGCGUCCGGAGAAUCAUUCGGUCCCCAAACGUCUCACGGCUCUUGAAGAAACCCAAGCUGCAGGAUUUCAAGCGGCCUUCCAGGAUUGAUAUAUCCUCUGACGAGGAUGAGGAUGAUAGAGAAGAGAAGAAGAUGGGACCGGUGACUCCAGCUAAGAGAAGGGUCGGUUUGUCUCGGAAGAGGAAGUUGGAUGAGGACCCCGAAUUUUUCGAUUGCGUGAAGAUCACGAAGCGGCAUAAAAGUGAUUUGAUGAGGAGGAGUAGUGCUACACCUGCGAGUUCAUGGACUAGCUCUGGAGAUGAAGCAAGGACGAACGAUCAGGGCAGAUCGAUAAAUACUGUGGUUUCAUCUAGAGCGAAAUCUUUCACCAGAACAGGAAGAGUUCCCAUCGGAAAGCCUUUGAAUGGCAUGAAGAAGAGGAGGAGACUAGUCCUGAUUUCGGACAGUGAAUCGAGUGACUUUGAGGAAGAGAUGAUUACAGUUAAGAUUAAAGAACACAGGAAGGCUCAAAAUUCUGAGAAUACUCUAGUUGUGGAGAAACCUGUGAAGUGUUCGGGAGAAAAGAAGUCCCUCUCGAUGAAUCAUUCAUAUGUCUCAAAGCACGUAGCAGCUGUUUCACGGAGGUCACCCCCUAUAACUCAGAAAGUCGACUUUCACUGUGACAGCAGAUGCAAACCUGGGAAUUCAAAGCCAAGAGGUCGUGUAAGCUGUCACCAAUGCAGGAAUAACGAGAGGAGAAUUGUGGUUCCUUGCAAGAACUGUAAACAAAACUUUUACUGUAUCCAAUGCAUCAAGCAAUGGUAUCCUGAUAAGUUGGAGGAAGAGAUUGCCGAGCUUUGUCCAUUCUGUCGAAGAAAUUGCAACUGCAACAAUUGCUUGCACUGUAAUGGGGUGAUAGAGAUACCAGAAAUCACCAUGGACGAUUCUGAGAAGGUUAAGCAUCUCCAUUACUUGAUGGGAUUGCUGCUCCCUUUUAUAAGACGGAUAUCCGAACAACAGUUUGUAGAAACAGAGAUUGAAGCCUCUAUUCUUGGAAAGCAACCCUCAGAGGUUGAAGUCCCAGUGUCAUUCUCUUAUUCGGAUGAGCGUGUUUACUGUGAUCAUUGUGCCACCUCCAUUCUAGAUCUCCACCGAAGCUGUCCCAACUGUUCGCUCGAGAUCUGCCUCAGUUGCUGUAAAGAAAUUCGUGAAGGGACCCUCUUGCCCCGCUCAGAGAUGAAGAUACUCUAUCAGAACAAAGGUCAAGAAUACAUUCACGGUGGAGAUCCCCGGCCCGAGAUACACCCCUCACAAGCUUGUCAGAACUUCACUCAAGUUGAUGGACUGUUGGUGUGGAAAUCCAACAGUGAUGGCAGCAUAACCUGUGCCCCGAAGCAAAUGGGUGGCUGCGGUCAAUGUACAUUGGAGCUCAAGCGUAUACGUCCUAAAGAGUGGAUCACUGGUUUGGUCAAGAGUGCAGAGAAGUUGUUAGAAAUCUGCAGAGUCAAACAGAAAACUCUUAAUAAAGGGGACGAUUUGAACAAUUUCCUACUUUCGAGGAAAGCAGCAUCUAGAGAUGGGUCAGAUGACAAUUACCUGUACUGCCCUUCCUUGAGGGACACAUUGGAGCUCACGAACUUCCAAACUCAUUGGGCGAAAGGCGAGCCUGUCAUAGUCCGAGAUGUGCUUGAACAGACUCCAGGCCUCAGCUGGGAUCCCAUGGUCAUGUGGCGCGCAUUGUCCGAACAUGUGAACUCAGAGGUCAGCUCAAAGACAUCAGAAGUUCGAGCCAUUGAUUGUCUUGCCUGCUGUGAGGUGGAGAUUACUACUAAGCAAUUCUUUAAAGGCUACUCAGAGGGCAGGACCUAUGGAAACCAUUGGCCUGAGAUGCUGAAGCUGAAAGAUUGGCCCCCUUCUGACAAGUUCGAAGAUGUUUUGCCCCGACACUGUGACGAGUUUAUAAGUGCACUACCCUUCCAAAUGUACACGAACCCUAAAUCAGGGUUCCUCAACCUUGCUGUGAAGCUGCCAGCAAAUGUUCUGAAGCCCGACUUAGGUCCGAAAUCGUACAUUGCAUAUGGUGUUAAAGAAGAACUCGGAAGAGGAGACUCUGUGACUAAACUACAUUGUGAUGUUUCUGAUGCGGUGAAUAUUUUGACACAUGCGGCGGAGGUAGAUUUAACUGAAGAGCAGCAGUCGGGUAUUGAUAGAUUGAAAAGACGACAUAGGAUGCAGGACAUAAAAGAAGGACUAAUUCAGGAAGAGGAAGAGAGGAUACCCGAUGGAUUUUGUGAGGGCUCCAGCAACCGUGAAGAGAGAACUGAGCAAAAAGGUGGGGCCCUAUGGGACAUUUUCCGGAGGGAGGAUGUUCCUAAGUUGGAAGCCUACCUUACGAAGCAUUACAGGGAGUUUAGGCACACGUUUUGCUCUCCCAUGACAGAGGUCAUUCACCCAAUCCACGACCAAUCAUUCUAUCUUACUGCCAAGCACAAGCAGAAGCUGAAGGAAGAAUACGGAGUUGAAGCAUGGACAUUUGAGCAGGAUGUCGGAGAGGCUGUAUUUAUACCUGCAGGAUGCCCCCAUCAAGUUAGAAAUCUCAAGUCAUGCACGAAAGUCGCUCUCGAUUUUGUCUCUCCUGAAAACCUUGAUGAGUGCUUUCGCCUGACCGAGGAGUUCAGGCAGCUUCCUAGGAACCACAAAAUCCGAGAAGACAAACUGGAGGUAAUAUUUUCAGCAACCCAACCCGAUCCUAACAAGAUCUUUCCAUUUACGUCAUACGAUUUCCUUCCUCUAACUCGGUUUUUCUCAUGUCUGCCUGGAACAGAUAAAGAAGAUGGUAGUUUAUGCAGUAGAACAAGCCGUUCGAGAUCUAGAAGACUUGUUUGGGAUUCGGCAUCUCAUUAUAAACGGCCCUUGACUUCUGCAGGAGAUCUUUCCAAGAAGAUGUAUGUUGCGGAAAAGCUAAUUUUGCGAAGCGCCUUCCAUCCUGGUCUUCGGUUUUUGCUAUGAAGAUUAGUUUUGAGCAAGGAGUUGAAUAUUGAGUUAGAGGAAAAUGCGGAGUACAGACAAGAUAAAUGAGUAUUGAGUUAGAGAAAAAUGCUAACCUGUUAAUAAUUUGGCAUUUAUGUUAAGCUUCCGAGUCUGAUGGAGACAUGUGCAGAACAACGAUCAUCCAUCUGGUCAUUAGAAUCGCGGAAGUUCGUCAAUCUUUGUAUUCAA